UCGAGAUCCCAUCCCGUUGAAUAUUCGCAUUUCGUUCACUUUCGAUCACAAUGGCAGGGCAAUACUACGCCGUGCCGUCAAACGGCCAGCACGACAUCCAUCUUGAAUUCCAGAACCCCCCAACUACACCAAACCCACCACCCAGAACCUUCCAAGGUCUUCCAGCUCGUCGCCGAUCGAAAGUAAAACUCUGGCUCGGCCUCAUCGGAAAAUGGUUCAUCACAGUCAUCUUCAUCAUAGUUGUUUACGGGAUCUUGAUCGCGUAUGCGCUCUACGACGUGAUAUCAGAGAAACAGAAGAAAUAUUUUAAUGCGCUGAUUACGGGGUUUCUGAUUGCUCUGGGACUGUCGACUAUGAGUCAGUUGACGCAUGCGGUACAGGACUUGAGAUGGUGGAUUUUAAGUAAGAGGCCGAGGUCUCGUCAAAAAGUCAAAGCCAUUUUGCAUGUUCAUAGUAUGAGUCAGGUAUUGGUCUUGGCAUUCAAAUCGAGUCGAUGGACAAUUCAUGUUGGAGUUGCAACAUGGGUAGCGCUGUUUCUCGCAACUCAAAUCGGCUAUGCCUCAAUAGGUCUGUGCUACUCUGUUGAAAAAACCGAAGACCAGGCCCUCUCGGUUCCCGGAAACGUCUCUAUCGCGAAUUUGACCACUAUCUCAACGUCAAGUAUUGUCAACGCAUCCAGUUCAACCAAGAGCGAAGAGUACGCGGCAAACAGCUACGGAAUCAUAUCCCUGGCUUUAAACGAAGGAACUGCAGAUGAUAUUCUUUCCCCUGGGACUUUAUUCUUUGCAGAUAACAAGUUUCUGUUCUGUGACGGCGGGUCUUGUGCAUAUGUCUUUCGCGAGACGAAUACGCUUACUCUGGAUAACCCGAACAAAGCUCCUGUCUCAGCUGUCACGGACAGGAAGGUCAACAUUACGUCGCAUUGCGACGCGUUGAAGGUCCGUCAAGGGGGCAAUGGAACAGGAGAGCGGAUUACCAUCGAUAAUGGGAGGAGAGAAACCAACAUCACAUUGCCUAGCAAGGAGGGUUCUGGUGAGAAGAUUUACAUGACAUCGGCCUCUCGCAACUGCGGUAGCGAUUGCAGUAUUGUUUCGGUGUUUGAGCCAUCGUCAACAGAUCCGUGGCUUUACAACUGCACCGUCAAAAUGAGCCCUGUCGAAAACGCGAGGCGGCCGGAGCACGAAGUCGGCCAGAGACUGAUGCGCCUAGCAACAUCAGCGAUAGCCUUAGGAGGUCCCGACGGUCCCAACGACACCCGCUCAAACAGCUACCCGGCUGCAUCAAUAUUCGGCAUACCACUCAACGGCUCAACGGAACAAGUAGAAUAUCUUUUAUCACGCUUUGCAACGGGUAUGCUGGCAGCUGUCAUCGAAUCAAACACAGAUAUCGUACUCGCCGGCCAGAUGCCUACAAUUGGACAGAAACUUAACGUUUCGCACUGGGGAAUCAUCACCUUGAUUUUAUGGAUCACGGCAUUUCUCCAGUUGUUGGUGGCUGUUGUGGCGACGAAGGUGUCGGAGCGGGUUGUUGUGCCAGAAGGCGACUCGCUUUCUGAGGCUAGAGUGUUGAGGGGCAUGGUUGAGGAAGAUGUGUUGGAUGGGGAGGGUGUGGGAGGGAAGGGAAAGCGUUUGUGGAUUUAUAGGAAUAGACAUGUUGGUGAUGGGUUGUAUGAUUUGUAUAUGGAGGAGGUAAGAACGUAAUAGGCUGAUAUCGCAUACCUCAGGUUAAGAUUAGCCUAAGACUCAAUUGACCGCUAAAUUAUUAAUCCA